AUGUUUUUGGCUCUCCUAGAACCUGCUGACAUGGCUGAUGGAGGAGCUGAUGAGUCGUCUUCCAGGACAGAGAGUUUGGAUGGGGAAGUUCGGGUCUCUAAGGACAAAUUGCUGCUCCGUCAGAGGCUGGCUGUCCGGGAGCUCGUGGAUACCGAGGUCUCCUACUUGCACAUGCUCCAACUCUGCACCUGUGACAUCAGGGGCCGCCUGCAGCAGCUGCCACAGGGAGACCUGGAUGUCCUGUUCUCAAACAUCGAUGAUAUCAUCCAGGUGAACAGCAGAUUUCUUCAUGGCCUGCAGGAGACGGCCUCCACAGAAGAGGAACAAGUGCACCUAAUUGGUAACUUAUUCCUGGAAUUCCAAGAGGAGUUGGAGCGAGUCUAUAAGGUCUACUGUACCAGCUAUGACCAGGCCUUGCAGCUGGUGGAGACGUACCGGAAGGAGCCAGAACUGCAGCGGGAGAUCCAGGGCAUCAUUGAGGCAGUGGUGCCGCAAGCCGGAUCUUCAGGUCUUGAUUUCGUACUGGUAACCCCUCUGCAGAGGAUCACCAAGUACCCAUUGCUGCUGCAGAAAAUCCUGGAGAACACACCCCCUGAGGCCAAUGCCUACCCUCUCCUUCAGAGGGCUACCUCUGCCCUUCAGGACGUGAACGCCAACAUCAAUGAGUACAAGAUGCGCAAGGAAGUGGCCUCCAAGUACACAAGGGUGGAGCAGCGGACCCUGCGGGAGCGACUGGCCUGCAUCAACACACACACUCUCUCCAAGAAGACCACCCGGCUGAGCCAGCUGCUGAAGCAGGAGGCGGGGCUCGUGCCCAGAACGGAAGACAAGGAAUUUGAUGACUUGGAAGAAAGGUUCCACUGGGUGUCGCUGUGUGUGACCGAGCUGAAGAACAACGUGGCUGCCUACCUGGGUAACCUGGAGACUUUCCUCCGCUUCAGGCCGCACGAAUACAAUCUGGACAUCCCCGACGGGCCUGUGGCACAGUACUGCCACUUGGAAAGAGAGCUUCAGUUUGUGGCCUUCCUGGAGUUUAAGCAGCGGCUGGAAGGCCUGGUAUGGCGGCCACUGUGCAGCCUGGCCAGAGUACUUGCUGGCCCUCGGAACCUGAUCAAGAAACGUUUGGACAAACUGCUGGACUUUGAGAGGGUGGAAGAGAAGCUGUUGGAAGUGGGCAGUGUGUCUUACGAGGAGGAGGCGGCCCGGCACACAUACCAGGCGCUCAACUCCCUGCUAGUGGCUGAGCUCCCACAGUUUAACCAGCUAACACUGCGGUGGCUGGGCCAGAUCCUGCGCACGUUCGUGGCUCUACAGCAGGACUUUGCAAAGCAAGUGCUGCAGAGGGCAGAGUGCAGCUUGGCCCAGCUGCCCCACCGCCAUGUCUCUGAGCCCGACUUCAGGAAGCUUGUGGAAGACGUGCUAAACCAGACCGGUAACCAGCUUCACUCCUUCAAAGACAACUUCCAGAAAGUGCUGCCACCUCCCACCAUACAACCACUACUUCCAGGGGCUGAACACCAGGUGCAGGCCCUCCUUAGCAAGUAUGGCCCCAGGAGGCUGUUCCAGGUCACAAGCAGCAUCAGCGGGGCUGGGACUCUGGACCUGACACUGCCUCGGGGCCAAAUUGUGGCCCUCCUUCAAAACAAGGACACUAAAGGCAACAGCUGCCGCUGGCUGGUGGACACUGGGGGACAUCGGGGGUACGUUCCGGCCGGGAAACUGGAGCUGUACCAUGUCGCCCCCAGUGGAGAGGAGCUCAGGAGGCAGGCAGGGCCAUGCAAGGAUUCCCGACAUCUAACGCCAGAGCCUACCCUGACCCCAGUUGCCUCUGUCCCAAACAUGACCCAGGUGGUGGCAGUGUACCCCUUUGUGGCCAGAAGCAGCCAUGAAGUGAGUCUGCAGGCAGGCCAGCCGGUGACUGUCCUGGAGGCCCAGGACAAGAAGGGGAACCCGGAAUGGAGUCUUGUAGAUGUGAACGGACAGAGAGGCUAUGUGCCCUCCAGCUUCCUGGCCAGGGCCCCAAGCCCAGCUCCAUGGGGCUGGAGACUACCCUCUUAGAUGCCAGUCUUGGAGCCCACAUUGCCAGAGGAAUGG